GUAGUUAUGUAUAUUGGUCAAGUCAUGAAAGAUCUUCUGAAGUGGCCUCGUCCUCAUUCACCACCUGUGGUCAAGCUAGAAAAGAAGACUAAUGCAGAAUAUGGAAUGCCAUCCACACAUGCAAUGGCAGCCACUGUCAUCUCUUUCACUUUUGUGUUUGUGACUGCAAACCAGUACAAGUAUCCACUUGAACUCGGACUGUUGGGAGCCUUCUUAUUUUCAUCUCUGGUAGGCCUCAGCAGAAUUUAUACAGGAAUGCACACAGUGCUGGACGUCAUUGUCGGCAGUCUAAUUUCCUUAUUUUUGACUGCAAUUGCCUGUCCUACCUGGGAUAUCGUGGAUCACUUGAUGCUCACCAGCCCUUUCUGUCCAGCAUUCUGCAUCAUUGUGCCUCUCUUUUUGUGCUACAAUUAUCCCAGACUAGAUUAUUACAGUCCAACUAGAGCGGAUACCACCACUAUUCUGGGAGCUUCUGCAGGAGCAAUUAUUGGAUUUUGGGCAAAUAAUCGCUAUGUUUCAAAUGCCGCAUCUAAAGAUGUCCCACACAGUGUUUCUUCUAUCACUACUGAAAUCAUCUUGCUAGUGCUUGCAAAAUUUAUAGUGGGGAUUGGUGUUUUAAUGAUCACACGGCAGAUUGCCAAAACUGUCGUUCGUAAAUCAUUAUGUUCUUGGCACAAGAUUUCUAACAGUGAUGCUGUAGCUAUGCGGCAAAUAAAAAUUGAAGUACCCUAUAAAUUUAUAACCUAUUCUUCUAUUGGUCUAAGUGCUACAAUGUUUGUGCCACUAAUAUACACAUGUUUUGGUUUAAAUUGA